AUGCCUCCCGGCCACUUUUCCGCUCUCCCCGGCAUGUCGGGGGCGGGGCCAGCAUUCUCUGCUCUUCCUGUCUGGGUCCGACCACUGGCCUCUCACGACUACCUAAGCGUGACCAUGGCGACGGCGGUUGGGGGACUUUGGGGACGGUGCUUCCCUCGGGUGUGGCUCUGCAGGAGGGCCGGGCCGUGUGGCGGCCGCUACUACCGCGCCGCGCUGUGCACGGAGUUGAAGCAGCCCCUGGCCAUUGAGGAGGUCGCCCCCCGCCCUGUCCGGCCUCACGAGGUCAGAGUUGAUGUCCAUUUCUGUGGAGUUAACUUUGCUGAUAUUUUGGUCUGCCGUGGUCAGUAUCAGGAAAGGCCCCACCUUCCUUUCGCACCUGGCAUGGAGUUUUCUGGGACAGUAUUGGAGACAGGCAAGGAUGUCAGCACAGUGAAAGAGGGAGAUGGAGUGAUUGGUGUGAGUGACUUUAAUAGUAUGGCUGAAGAAUACAUCGCUGACCAGAAGGCACUGUGGCAGGUUCCAGAAAGGGUCCCCCUCCGAGAAGCUGCUGCCCUGCCUGUGUCCUAUGGCACCGCGAUUAUGGCUCUGGAGCAUCGGGCACGUACCCAACCUGGAGAAACUGUUCUAGUGACGGCAGCAGCUGGAGCCACAGGCCUUGCAGUGAUAGAUGUGGCAACAAAUGUCCUUCAGGCCAAGGUAAUAGCUGCAGCCGGAAGUGAUGAGAAGUGCAAGCUGGCGAUGCAAAGGGGAGCGCAGUCCAGCGUGAACUACCGUCAGGGCAGCCUGAAGGAGGCAGUGAGAAAGCUGCUGGGCAGCCGCGGGGUGGACGUGGUCAUUGACACCGUGGGAGGACAUGUCUUCCUGGAGGCUCUCCGCAGCCUGGCCUGGGAGGGCAGGAUUGUGGUGGUUGGCUUUAGUGGAGGAACCAUUGCUUCUGUUCCGGCCAAUCUUCUGCUCCUGAAGAAUAUCUCUGCCAUGGGAGUGUACUGGGGCCGAUACCGGGACCAGAACUUUCCUGUCUUCUCCAGGAGCCUGUCCUCUGCUCUUCAGUACUGUCAGCAAGGGCGCAUCCAGCCACACAUCGGAGCGGUUUUUAAGCUGGAAGAGGUCAAUGAUGCCUUCCUUCAUGUAAUAGAGCGCAAAUCCGUGGGCAAAGUGCUUAUCUCCCUCAAAUAAAUCCUCACCUCAGUCCAAAUCCAGCAUGUCCAAAUCCGCACUCAUCAUCUUUCCAAAGACCUGAUUUCCCUCCUGUGUUUAUAAUGGUGUUACCACCUUCCUUAGUAAUGCAGGUUCAGAAUCUUUUAGAGUCACCUUUGAAUCUUUUUUCUUAUUCCUCAUAAUAAAUGUGAUCAUCUGUUUUAUUGUCCAGACUUGGGCCUAUUUGAGAGGGAAAGGUAAUUACACCAGGAGCACAAGUGUCCCAGGCAAACCAGGGUGUAUGGUCACCCCAUUCAUAAUGCCUCAAUGGCCAAGUUCUGUCAUCUCCACCUCUAAGAUAUCUCUCACCUCCAUGUUCUCUUUUCCAUGCUGACUAAUUAUGUCUCAUCUGCUAAUUUCAGGGACCUAACGGGCUUUCCUACCUUUAAACCACCUCCACUUUCUUGUUAUGCAUUAUUGCCAUGGUGACCUUCCCGAAGCACAGCUAUGACUGUGUCUUGUCUUAGAAAACCUAGGACGUCCCACCAUUGUCUACAUGGUAGAGUUCAGACUCCUUGAGCUAGCAUUUCAUUAUGACCAUGACUUUGCCCCUCUCUGCUUUCCAACCUUAUGUUCCACAACUCCACCAGUCCCGCAGUCAGCACUGAGAUUUCCUGUUCCCCCCACACCCUGCCCUUUGCUCGGCUCAGACAGUUUCCUCUACUCCCUUAUCUCUGUCAAACAUAAGCCUUCCUGACCUGUAAGACCUUCCAUGAGCCUUUCCCCCCAGGAGUGUGGUCAUCUCUUCUCUUCCCCUUCUCCUUCCUGUAGCUUCACCCCUGGGAUUUGUCACAUUCUGCCUUGUACCAAAGGGAGCAGCGUAUCUAGUGGAAUGAACACAGGAUACUGAAUUCAAGAUGUGGGUUUGAAUCCCAGUCUCGCCACUUUGGAGGUGGUUACUUAAGGUCACUGAGCCUUCCUUUCCUCACUGUAUAGUGGAUAUUAUAUUAUCUACCUCACAAAGUUGUCUUGAGCAAUACAUACAUUGACCGGCAAAACGUCUUGCACAUGGUGAAUGAUUAGCAAAUGCUAGUUACUUUCACUUCUUUUUUCCCGACUUUCUCAAUGUAACAGAAGUCCCCUCACAGCAGGUACCAUGUCUGUGUCACUUUUGUACCUCCCACAAUACAUA